AUGCGACAACCACCGGGUUAUGAGGACCCUACUCAUCCAGAUUAUGUUUGCCGUUUACAACGGUCUCUUUAUGGGCUUAAGCAGGCUCCACGUGCCUGGUUUAAGCAGUUACAUGAUUUCCUGCUGACUACAGGUUUUGUGGCAUCCAAAACUAACGUCUCCCCUUUUUACUACACACGUGGCACGUCACGGGUUUAUCUGCUUGUUUAUGUAGAUGAUAUCAUCAUGCUUGGCAACGACUCCGAAUUAUUACUUUCUCUACUCAAUCAGCUGUCUACCACUUUCAAAAUCCGUGAUUUGGGCACUCCCACUUUCUUUCUCGGUAUUGAAACUAUUCCAGUGAAAGAUGGUGUUCUACUCUAUCAACGCCGUUACAUGGCCAACAUCUUGACUCGCGCAGGUAUGACUAACUGCAAACCUCUAUCCACUCCAGCUGCGGUCACACAAGCCAUAUCUCCGGUAACGAGUCCGUAUGAGAACCCUACUCAAUACCGUCGGUUAGCCGGGGCUCUACAGUAUCUGACUAUCACGCGUCCGGACUUGUCUUAUGCCGUGAACAGGCUCUGUCAGUUCAUGCACACUCCGACUGAUGAGCAUUGGGGUUUACUGAAACGGGUCCUACGACAUGUGAAAGGCACGCAAGCAUAUGGUCUUAAGUUGUCUGCAUCACCGUCUGCUGACAUUCAUGCUUACCCGGACUUGGACUGGGCUGGGUGUCCGAUAGAUCGCAAAUCCACCAGUGGUUACGCCGUGUUUCUUGGGACAAAUCUAGUCUCUUGGGUCUCUCGCAAGCAGCGAACUGUGGCUAGGUCCUCCACCGAGGCUGAGUACAAGGGACUAGCCGAGUCGCAGCUGAGGUUACUUGGGUUGUAUACUUCGACUCUAUGGUGUGACAAUUUGGGCGCCACUUAUAUGUGCGCUAAUCCGGUUUUUCAUGCUCGGACUAAGCAUGUUGAGAUUGACUAUCACUUCGUGCGGGAUAAGGUGGAAUCUGGGGAUUUCCUGGUUAAUUUUAUCUCCACCAAAGAUCAGUUAGCUGACGUCCUCACCAAACCUCUUCCAUCAGUUCGCUUUGCCACGCUACGAGACAAGCUUAGUGUUGUGUCUACACCACCUUCAGCUUGA